UCUUGUGGUACUUCCGGUUGCUCUUGCCUGCUAAGGGAAGUGUCCUCCAUGGUGUCAUUGUAGGUCUGUUGAGGUUGAAGGUUCAGGAAUAACAAUGUCUGGCUACACACCAGACGAGAAGCUGCGCUUCCAGCAGCUAGUGAAGCUCCGGAGGCAGUGGCUGAAGGACCAGGAGCUCAGUCCCAGGGAGCCCGUGGUGCAGGCCAAACCUCCCGGAGCUGUCGCUAAGUUCUGGGCCGGGUUUCUGCAGCCGAAGAGUCUGUGGAGGCUUUAUACCUACAAAGCGUACAAGGGUGGAGUUUUCACAUUAACACGGCUGCUGAUACCUGCCUGGAUUGUUCACUACUAUGUGAAAUAUCAUGUUGCUCAACGACCUUAUGGUAUUGUGGAACUAAAACCUAAGCUUUUCCCUGGUGACAUCAUUCUGGAGACGGGUGAAGUUGUUCCUGAUCUCCCUGAGACCCAUGGCCAUCACUGAACCUUAAAUAUUUAAUUCAUUCUCCUGAGUUUCUGUUGUAAAACUGUAUAUUCCAAUAAAAAACUGUGUCAUUUAUGGACAAGAA